CUGAAGGACUACACAGCCAUCUUUUGGCGUCUUCUUUAUUCAAUACCCAUUGCCAUAUCUCUAUGCCUGCAUUUGGUAUUUGACAUACCUACCAGAGCAAAAUGCUCUUCCCCGAAGAAGACGAGGUGCACCUGAAGAGGUGGAUCGUGAAGCGGCUCGAAAAUACAUCAGAUGCCGACGCCGAUGUUCUGGCCGACUACGUCCUUGCCCUCUUGCGCACUAACGGCGAGGUUGAAGAGGUCCGCAGACUUUGCGAAACUGAAAUCCCAGAUUUCCUCAAAGAAGAUUCCUCGGUAUUCGUUCGCGAUGUUUUCCAGGCCAUCGCAUACAAAUCGUACCUACCCGACGCCCCUCCAUUGCCAAAGCACGCUCCUACUGCGCCUGCCUUUGCCGCCCCUCCCGUCGCUUUUCCCGCUAUCCAACCGCCCGGAUUAUCCUACGACGACGCGCCAGGAAGCCACCUCCCUCAGUUCCCCUCGUACGCCGGUCAAUCACGAAAACGGUCCUUUGACGGACGAGACGACACGGAUGGAAGAGAUGGCCAGUAUGGGGGCAGGGCAUUGAAGCAACCUCGCCGGGGAGCUGGGUUUGGCUUCGGUGGCCGUGGGGGCAGGCCAGAGGCUGGCAACGGCCACCUCAAUCCCGCAUACCCGCCAUUUCCCGAGAACGGUCAGUUGCCCCCAGGCUUCCUGACGGGCAUGUCCGAGACACUGGCAGCGUUGCAGCAACAAAUGGGACUGCCUCCGGCCCCUGGUUAUCCGGCCCCAGCUCAAGGUCAGAGGAGGCGAGCACGGUGCCGCGACUACGAAACAAAGGGAUACUGUUCGCGCGGCAAUACUUGCCUGUUCGAGCACGGGGACGACUCUAUUUACGUUCCUCCUCCCAGUACCUCGUUCGGCGCACCAUUUGCGCCCCAGCCGAGUGCUAUCGAGGAAUACGAUCCCACCAAUCCUGGCAUUUUUACUCUGCCACCCAACGUUCCCCCUCACCAAUCCCUUCAUCAUGAUUGGGGAUAUUCUUCCAGAAGCAGAGGAGGAAGACAACAGGGGCCUAAACGUCGCCCGAAAGCGCCCUUUUCCGCCGACGGCCCCGUGUUUGACCGCGCCAAGUCAACCAUCGUGGUGGAAAACAUUCCAGAGGAGAACUUCGACGAGGAGCAGGUUCGCGGAUUCUUCUCCCAGUUUGGAAACAUCCUGGAGGUCUCGAUGCAGCCUUACAAGAGGCUGGCCAUUGUCAAAUACGAUACUUGGGCGUCGGCGAAUGCGGCGUACCGGUCACCAAAGGUGGUCUUCGACAACCGGUUCGUCAAGAUCUUCUGGUACAAGGAAGAAGACUCCUCUCUACCGCCAUCUGUACCUCUAGGUGGAAGUUCUGAGAAGCAUGGUGAGACAGGCGAAGACGGUCACUCAGCAGCUGUGCCGGAGAUAGACGUGGAGGAGUUUUUGCGCAAGCAAGAAGAAGCACAAAAGGUGCACGAGGAAAAGAUGCGGAAGCUGGAGGAAGUGGAGCGCCAACGUGAGGAGCUUGAGAAGCGUCAGCAGGAGCUGCUUGCCAGGCAGCGCGAGGAGAAAGCCAAGCUGGAGGCCAAGCUGAAGGCCAAGCUGGGCGGCGGGAGUCAGCAGGGCGAUGGCAGUGACGAUGGAUCCAAACCAAAGUCCACUAGCGAGGCGCUGCGUGCCCAGCUAGCAGCUCUCGAGGCCGAGGCUAAGCAACUCGGCAUCGAUCCCGACGACGCUAUGGAUACCUCUUAUUCGACGUCCUCGUGGAACGCUAGAGGCGGAUACUACGGAAGGGGUGCGUUCAGAGGGGCGUAUAGAGCUAGAGGCUUUGCUCCGCGAGGAUAUCGCGGCGCUCCAUUCCGCGGUGGCGCUAGGGGUAAUCACCACGCUGCUUAUGCAAUGUACUCCUUGGACAACCGGCCGAAGAAGGUCACGCUUACCGGUGUGGAUUUCACCGUGCCUGAGAAGGACGAGACGCUCAGGCAGUACCUUUUUGGCAUUGGCGAGUUUACCGACAUCCAAACCACCCCCUCAGCAACCGACAUCACCUUCACCGACCGCAAGACGGCCGAGAAGUUCUUCAACGGCAUCCUGCUCAACGGUAAGGAAAUUGCCGGAAUCGACGGUCAAGUUGAACUGGCAUGGAACCCAAGCAGCGGUCCUGGUUCCAGUUCCAUGGCUAGUACUCCAGGCAGCAGCAGCACGGGUUUCGGCGCGACCGUUCAGAAACCCCAGUCAGCGCUGUCUGCAGCGGCCAUGUCUUUUGUUCCCGGCGGCGGACCACAAGCGGGUGCCGGUGGUGGUGACAGUGCCAUGGGCGGUGCAGGAAGCGUCAGUGGUAGCGAUAAGGACGUUAACAUUGUGCUGGAGAGGAGCGGGAACCACAACGGCAAUGGGCUUCAUCACAACAACCAACAUUAUGAGAGCCAUAAGCAAGGAGAUAUGGACUAUGACGUUGCUGAUGAGAAUCAGUGGGAGAUGUCCUAGAGAGAGUCUUUCGAGGAGGGGAAGAGUCUGGUGAGAAGAAUAUCGUGGG